AUGACCUUGUUAUCAGAGGACCAGUCUGCAAGGCCCCAGCCCUGCAUGCUCUCAGAACCGGGUAAACAUAUUACCACGUCUUUGCAAGAGUCUACGACGGACUACCCCUGUUCCAAAGAAGACUACAUAAACAGUGGCGACAGUGAUGUAUUUGGAGUUGUGGAGCCGCCCAGACGCUCUCUGGGUCGUCUUAUCCUCCACAGCCUGGUGAUGUUUGGUCGGGAGUUCUGCUACGCUGUUGAAGCAGCUUUUGUGACACCGGUGCUGCUGAGUGUGGGUCUACCUCGCAGUUUGUACAGCCUCGUGUGGUUGAUCAGCCCCAUCCUUGGGUUUCUGCUGCAACCCAUUAUCGGCUCGGCCAGCGACUACUGUCGCUCGCCCUGGGGACGGCGGAGGCCCUACAUCCUGGUCCUUGGCAUCAUGAUGCUGAUAGGGAUGAGCAUGUUCCUGAAUGGAGAUGCUUUCAUUUCAGCACUGGUCAGCAACAGGUCAUUAAGGAGCAUUUGGGCCAUCGUCGUGGUGAUGUUCGGGGUGGUGUUGUUUGACUUUGCUGCAGAUUUCAUCGACGGGCCCAUCAAGGCCUACCUGUUUGACGUAUGCUCUCAUUCUGACAAGGAGAGGGGUCUGCACUAUCAUGCUCUGUUUACAGGACUGGGUGGAGCGUGUGGUUAUUUGGUUGGAGCUAUGGACUGGGGCCACUCAGCCUUAGGUCGUCUGUUGGGCUCCGAGUACCAAGUCAUCUUCUUCUUCUCUGCAAUCACCUGGGGCUUUUUCCUCACCGUGCACCUGUUUAGCAUUCCAGAGACACCUCUUUCCAAGGAGCCUUCAGUGUCUGAUUCCUCGUCUCCCAGUGCUCUCCGUUUACUGGGCUCCCAUAGCAAUGGUUACGGAGCCCUUGGUAAAGAGCCAACCUCUCCUGCUGUACAAAUAUCUGCCUCAGACCUCAGGCCAAGAUCCUUUUCAACUUUGGGCGAAAGGCCGAGAUCUUAUUCAGCUCUGGGCGAAAGGCCGAGAUCCUUCUCAGCUCUGGGAGAAGCUAACUCUGUGACAUCAAGCGCCAAGCAGCCAAACAAGGAGCAGAAGAAGAUGACUUUCAGGUCCCUGAUGAAAGCUUUCAUCAACAUGCCAAGCCACUAUCGUUGUCUAUGCAUCAGUCACCUGCUGGGAUGGGCAGCCUUUCUCUGCAACAUGCUCUUCUUUACUGAUUUCAUGGGACAGAUUGUUUAUAAAGGAAAUCCUUAUGCAGAACACAACUCUACAGCGUAUGCCACCUACGAGAGAGGUGUAGAAAUUGGCUGCUGGGGACUGUGUAUUAAUGCGGUGUCUUCUGCUCUUUAUUCAUACGUGCAACGUUUCCUGCUUCCAUACAUCGGCCUAAAAGGGUUGUAUUUCAUGGGGUACUUUGUGUUCGGCAUGGGAACCAGCCUAAUUGGCCUCUUUCCGGAUGUCGUUGCCACGCUCAUCCUCUGCAGUGUGUUCGGCGUCAUGUCCAGCACGCUCUACACAAUCCCAUUCAACCUGAUAGCAGAAUACCAGCGAGAAGAGGAGGAACAACAAAAGCUUCUAGGGAGCAAUAAAAGUCCCAGAGGCACCGGCAUGGACUGCGCUGCACUCACCUGUAUGGUCCAGCUGGCUCAGAUCAUUGUGGGAGCGGGGCUCGGAGGUUUGGUCAACGCAGCAGGAAGUGUAAUUGUGGUUGUCCUGUCAGCCUCAGCUAUGUCUUUAAUAGGCUGCAUCUUUAUUGCUCUCUUUAUCAGAUAUGUGGAAUAAUACUGCUUUAAAUAUUAAUGGUGCUGUUUUAAUAAAUAAAAAGUAAAGCCUCUUUCUUAUAUCGUUAGUCUGU